AUGACAAUCGAAUGGAUAGAGAAUGUAUUCUCAGGAAUCCACGAACACCCAGAUAAGCACUGUCCCAUCUCUUUGGAUCAAUUCUCAUCGCAGCCGUACACCCGUGCACCAUCUCAUCACCUCGAAAAUCUCUGCCCCAUACAAUCCCACUAUCCAUCCAUACCAAAUUUAACCACAAUGAACAGAGGUAGAGGUGGCUUUAGAGGCGGUCGUGGUGGUGCCCGUGGUGGCUUCAAUGCCCCACAGGGUCCACCCGACUCCGUAUUGGAAAUGGGCUCUUUUUUGCACUCCUGUGAGGGUGACAUUGUGUGUCGCUCCAUCAACGUCAAGAUCCCAUACUUCAACGCUCCAAUCUACUUGGAAAACAAGACUCAAAUUGGUAAGGUCGACGAGAUCUUGGGUCCAUUGAACGAGGUCUUCUUCACCAUUAAGCCUUCUGAGGGUGUUCAAGCCUCUUCUUUCAAGGAUGGUGACAAGUUCUACAUAGCUCCAGACAAGUUGCUUCCUAUGGAGAGAUUCUUGCCUAAGCCAAAGGAGGUUGGCCCUAAGCCAAAGAGAAAAUCUACCGGCGGUGCUGCUCGUGGUGGCCGUGGUGGUUUUGGCGGUAGAGGUGGUGCUCGUGGUGGAUCCUUUGGUGGCCGUGGCGGUAGCCGUGGUGGCUUCGGUGGCCGCGGAGGUGCUCGCGGUGGCUCUUUUGGCGGUCGCGGUGGUGGCCGUGGUGGAUCUUUCGGUGGCCGUGGUGGUGGCCGUGGUGGCUCUUUCGGUGGCCGUGGUGGUCGUUUCUAA